UUAUUUUCAGAUCUAAAGAAGUACAAGCAUGUAUAUAUGAUCUUUCGGCAGCAGACAUUAUGAAUACGGUUUAUACCGAAAGAGAGCAAAAGAGCAACGCUUUGACGACCUAAAUCGAAUGAAGCUGAUGAGCGGACUAUGCUGGGCAUGAAGUAGCUAUGUCUGUCGCGUUGCUGUUUAGUGCACUCGGCGCCCUGGCACUGGUCAGCCGCACAGGUUGCACAGAUAACACAAACGGCCUCGGGGCUGAUGCCGUACCGGAGAUAGACUACUCCGACGUCGACCUCGGCCUGACGCAGAGGGGGCCACACUUCGAUGUGGCGUACUCCAAGAACAUCACGGCGCUGGUGGGGAAGACCGCUCAGCUGAACUGCAGAGUCCAUGAUCUCGGGAACAGAACGGUAUCGUGGAUCAGGCACCGAGACAUACACCUGCUGACGUCCGGCCGGAUGACUUACACCUCCGACCAGAGGUUCAUCAGCGUCCACAAUCCUCACACUGAGGAUUGGAUUUUAAAAAUAAGAUUUCCGCAGAGGCGCGACUCAGGCGUGUACGAAUGCCAAGUCGGGACAACGCCACCUAUCGGACAUCGAAUGUACCUCUCCGUCGUCGCAGAGCCCCUGACGACGAUACUCGGCGGGCCGGAGUUGUUCAUCAACACAGGAAGCACCAUCAACCUCACGUGCGUGGUUCAACACUCGCCAGAGCCCCCGCCGACCAUAAGGUGGACCCAUAAUGAUGAGGAGAUCAACUAUGACUCCCCCAGAGGUGGGGUCUCAGUGAUUACUGAGAAGGGGGAGACUACCACCUCCCACCUCCUGGUCCAGAGGGCCAGGGCGCCUGACUCCGGCCGGUACACCUGUGGCCCUGCCAAUGCUAAUCCAAAGUCUGUUCUCGUCCAUGUUUUGAGUGGUGAGCACCCAGCAGCCAUGCAGCAUGGCGGUCAGCUCCGACUCCAAUAUCCACUAUCCUCGGCCCUCCUCAGCCUCAUCGUGACCCUGAUGGGCUGCUAGUAACAGCUAGAAGUUUAGGAGCUAAGACGUUUUAAAACAAUAUACGAUUAAGACUACAAUAGCCAUAGAAAUUGGAAUACCUAACAUACAAACAUACAUAUAUAAAAUCACGCCUUUUAACCCGGAGGGGUAGGCGGAGAUCUAACGAGAAUCUGUAAUCAGUUUCCUCGGAUAAUGCAGUGAAGGAAAUAACGAUACGUGUUUUUGGUUGGUAGACUGUGGCGGUUCUAUAAGUCAUACAAAUAUUUAAUCACUUCUAUCUAUAUCCCUUGAAGGGUAGACAGAGCCGAGCCAACAGUCUUGAAAAGACUAACAUGUAGAGCUGUUUGGCUUGAUGAUAGAAUUGAGAUUCAAAUAGCGAUAGGUUGAUGCACAUCGCCUGAAAGAGGAAUUCCAAGUUUACAAACCUAUCCCUAAGUCGCCUUUUACGAAAUCCAUGGGAAAGAAAUAAAUAGGUCGUAUUCUUUUUUAUAUCAGUGCCGGGAACCACACGGCAGUACCGUGUGGUUCCCGGCACUGAUACAUACUAUAUGGAUGUAUAGCUCGCAUAAAACAGAAUAAAUGUCGUCACAUUCUGACAUAGAGUGCGUUUGACAUUUCACAUCGUUAUAUUGAGUGAAUGUGGUCUAAUAAAUUUUAACUCAACGGGACAAUGUGUCAAUGAGACGUCUAUUUAUUAUGAUUUUAUGAUAGUGUUGCCAUAUAGAGAUUAAUCAAUUCGCAGUAUAAAUCAUUUGUGAAUAAAGUUUUAAUCAAAUUAUUGGAAAUAUGUUAAACGAAACGGAAGCAAAGCAACUGGAAUACUUUCGCGGUAUGAUUUUCACUUUAUUGUCAGAUUUUAAUCAAUUACUUAUAAUUAUCGUUGGUGUUACCAGGAAAUUGUUGAAAAAUAAAAAAAUAAAAAAUAUACGUUACUGACUAACUGAUGUUAACAGUCAAAAAUACUUGCCGUCAGUUGAACAUACACACAUAUAUAGUGACGUCUAUAACCCUUGCGGGGUAAAGAGAGCCAACAGUUUUAAAAAGGCCACUUUCAGCUUUUCAAAUAGUUGGUCAGCCUGUCGAAUCCCAAGUAAUAAACUUUCCGACAUUUCCCUUAGUCGCCUUUUACGAUAUUCGUGGGAAAGAUAGGUGUAGUCGUAUUAUAAAAGUAUUCUAAAGCGCAUGGCACUGAAGCUGAAAUUUGUAUAGAAUUUAAUAUUUCAAUAGAACCAACUCAAGUGGCUUUUCAAUAUUUUUAAGACUAUUAACUCUGUCUAUCCCAUAAGGCAUAGAGAUGUGGUUGUAUGUAGGUAUGUGUCUAAAAACAUUUUAACAAAUCCGCCACGACUCCAGAUUUUAUCGGCAGAAUUUUAUUGAGAGAUCCAGAAAAUAUUGACAAUCCUGUCUAAACCCACUCUGUGUGAUCGCCGCUUUGUGUGAAAGUAGGCCAAGGGCACAUAAUAUUGUGAACCACAAAAUAUUGCGUGUGUAACGUACCUUAUAAAUUAUUUAUGUCUAUAGUUCAAUGAUAGGGUGGAAAUAUUGAAUCGUGAACUGAACGUGACCAGGCGAUUUAGGGGCGAUUUAAAAAAAAGGAGAAAGAUUUAGCCGUGUGGUUCCCGGCACCAAUCGAAAAAAGAAUCUGACCACUCCAUUGUCUCUCCCAUGGAUGUCGUAAAAGGCGACUAAGUGGUAUGCUUAUAAACUUAGGAUUCUUCUUUUAGGCUAUGGGCUAGCAACCUGUCACUAUUUGAAUCUCAAUUCUAUCGUUAAACUUAAUAGCUGAACGUGGCCUAUCAAUCUUUUCAAGACUGGUGGCUCUGUCUACCCCGCAAGGGAUAUAGACGGGAUUAUAUGUAUGUAUGUAUGAGAAAGAUUCAGUCACUACCUACCCGGGAAUUAUGUGGAAAUUCUAUAUUUUUAUGUAUUUUGACACAUGUUAAUUUCGUAAACUUAUAUUGAGGGGUAGGCAGAGACUGCAUCUUUCUAAUUGUCACGGUCAUUUCACAAUUCCUUUGCUUCAUUUCAUCCACAUUCAUCAUUCACGCAAACUUGAAGAUGGAGGGUACUUCUGACAACUUUGACUUGAUCUUGGGAUUAAAUCAAGAAAUGUUUCCUAAGGUAGCAACACACGCUUUUUUAUUAAUAUCAUACACAAAUACAUGUAGUCAUGUCUUUAUGCGGGGUAGGCAGAGCCAACAGUCUUAAAAAGACUGAUAUAGAGUCUUAAAAAUUAUUUCCGCAAUUUGGAUCUAUGAUAGAAUUGAGAUUCAAAUAGUGAUAGGUUGCUAGCCCAUCGCCUAAAAGAAGAAUCCCAAGUUUAUUAGCUUAUACCUCAGUCACCUUUAACAACAUCCAUGGAAAAGGGAUGAAGUGGUCCUACUCUUUGUUUCUUAUUGGUGUCGGGAACCACACGGUACCUUAAAUUUAUCAAUAGGUACAAUUUGGUGUCCAUAGUACGUAUAUAAUUUUAUAAAAAAAAAAACAAAUUCACUUUAAUUUUUCAUAUUUAAUUACAAUAAAAUGUUUCCUUAUUUGACAAAAAAAAAGUUACAAUUAAAAAAUCCAGGCCUCGUAGCGUAGCGCUGACGACAGCAACAAAAUAUUGCAAAAUCAAUUUACGUUACAUAAAAAAAUAUACCUACAAUAAAAAUUGUUUGAAGAAUCGCUUUAUCAUCCCAGUUCCGAGCCAAAAUUUAAAUUUCAUUUUUAUAGUUAAGUAAAUGCAUUAAAGUUUCGAUACUGGGUCAUAUUUUUACAAUGUUUUCCUGCGUGCCAGUUUGCCGUUAACAUUUUUUUUUGGUUUUCAAAUUGAUUUAUAAAAAACGCUACAUUGAAACAUGAUGUGAAUUUUUAAUACUGAGAACUAAUGAACGGUUUUAUUCAAUUUAUAGGGUACAAAAAUUUGUCACGGAUUUUUAUAUCAUAUGACCUAUAAAAGUAAAAAUUAAAAAAUGAAACUUGUAAUUUUUAUUUAUUAAUGUUUACUGUAUUAUCUACAGAAAGUGUUUGUCGAAAUUAAUUAAGAACAUUUAUACCUUUUGCGAUAUAAGGUUAUGUAAUCAAUAAAAUUGAUUAAAUAAAUAUUAUUUGAAAAAUCUAAAAACACAGUUUCUUUUAAUGUACAUAUAUAAAAAAUUUUGGUCAGAAUGUUAAAUCUACUCGUAAUUAACAAUAUGAUUAUUAAAAAUAAUUAAAAUUAUGACGCUAAUAAUUUCGUCCUAUAAAACAAUAAUAUUAAUUUUCGCAAUUAUCUUGUGUACAAAUAUUAUUAUUUUAUCUCUAUAGUUUUGUCUUACUUUUGCACCCGGCUUUGGACGACUUAAAUAUAAAAUUUCUAUAUACCAGGAAUCCUCUUAUUACAGUCAAGUAACUAAAACUAACUGUGCCGUGUGGUCGCCGGCACUUAAAUAGAAUAGGAUCACUCCAUCUCUUAUCCGUAGAUGUCGUAAAAGAAGACUAAGGGAAUGGCUAAUAAACUUGGGAUAUAUCUUGAAGGCGAUAGGCUAUUAAAGCUGAACGUAGCAGUCCAGUUUUUUCAAGAUUGAUCUCUCUGUCUAGCCCGCAGUGGAUAUAGACGUGGUCAUACGUAUGUAAGUAAAUGAAUAGUUUCCUGAAAUUUCCAAGAGACCCUUUGAAUUCCCCAGAAAGUUACUCUAACUUAAGUUCUUAGACCAGACUAUAUACACAAUGAAACGGGAAUAAGGAGAGAUAAAAAAAAUUACUUUUUAUACCAGCCUGUUCUCAAAUGCGAAAACUUUAACUUAACUAUAUAAAGUUAAUGUUAUGUCCAUAAGUACCACGAUAAUGGCUUAGAUGUUGAAAAGUCAUUGACUGUUGUCCAUUAAAAAAAAAUAUAUAUAACCAGUUGAACGAUUUCAUUGUAUAAUUGGGUCUACUUAGGCCCAGUAAUUCAGCGAGUUCUUACUCGCUACUCGGACGGCCGAGAUCACUGGAACAAUUUGAAAUAUCCUUGUAAGUUGAUAAAAAUUGUAAAUACAAUUGUAAUAUUAUAGAAAAAAAAAAAACACAUUUAUUUCUGUUAUUUUAAAUGCAUUUAAAAUUUAAUACUAUUAGAUUAGUCUACGAAUAAACUUUGAACUAAUGGUUAUGAAUUUGAAAAGUAUAAAUUGUAAUAGGUAAAUGUAAUAUAGAGAAUAUGACAUAAGAGUUUACAUAAGUUGUAUAAUUAUUGUAAUGAAUUUGUUUUGAAUUAGUUUAUAAUUAAAUGAUACGGUUGUGUAUAUAGGUAAAAUGUUAUUUAAGAAAAUAAAUAAACUUAUUGAUCGUCGACAUUG